AUGGGGAGUAAAAAGCGACCGCGAGCGGAAGAAGGAGGAGAAGGAAAAGAUGACGAUGAAGAGGAGGAUAUUUUGGCGUUACGCGCUCGGGUGAAAGAACAAGAAGAAAGAUUGAAAGAGCGCGAAUCUGUUUUCGAGGCGCAGAUGCGAAAGAAGGAGGAGGAGUUGGAAGAGGUGGAGAGAGAGUUGAUGAAGUACGCGCCGACGCCGUUGUGGAAGGUUGUGACGGAUAAGAAGUACAAAGAUAUCUUCGAGAAGCAUAUUUUAUCGAAGUUGGACGAGUUGUCUUUCAGAGUGUUUCGAGAGGUGAACACGGAAAGUCGCGACGCGUGUAGGCGAUCGGGGAGGAAGUUGCAGGAGACCCUUGAAGUUAGUAUGUGGAGUGGUAAACCACCAGAGAAAAAGAAAGAGACCAGAAAGCUCGAGGGAAAAGAAGCGCAGCAUCAUUUCUGCAGUGAAGCAGCUCUUACGGGAAACCUCGCGUUGGUUCGUUGGUUACGAGAAGUGAAAAAGUUUGAUUGGAGCCGGCGGACGAUCAUCUCAGCAGCUAAACAUGGCCAUCUUCACAUUGUGACGUAUUGCACAGAACAGAAAUGUCCACGUGGCUCGUUGACGUGUGCAGAUGCUGCCAAAUUCGGCCAUCUCGAUAUUCUCAAAUACUUGCACGAAAACGGCGCGCCUUGGGAUUUUCGUACUUGCGCUUUCGCUCGCGAAAACAACCACCUCGAGUGUUUAGUCUACGCGUUAGAUAACAAGUGUCAAAACGACAAACACGUCCCACAACAUUAA